AUGAGUGAGCUAAAUAUAGAUUUUAACGCCUUUGGAAAAAGGUUGCUCUUGCUUCGUGAAAACUUUCAAAAGUUUGAAGAAUCGCCUUCAAGCUUAUUGUUUGUACUAGGUUCAAGCGAUGAGGAAAACCCCUACCAAAAAACAACUAUUUUGCAAAAUUGGUUAUUGGGAUAUGAAUUUCCAGCUACGUUGAUUGCUUUACUUAAGUCUAAAUGUAUUAUUAUUACAAGUGCGGCUAAAGCUAAACAUCUUACUGGAUAUAUAGAGAAAAUUAACAAGGACCAUGAGGGCGAAUUUUGUAUUGAGAUAUGGCAAAGGAACAAUAAGGACCCGGAACACAAUGCGAAACUUUUUAAGGAUGUUGUUACUGUUUUAAAAGAUGCUGGAAAAGUAAUAGGGAUGCCUACUAAGGAUUCUUAUCAGGGAAAGUUUAUGGCGGAAUGGAAUCCGAUUUGGGAAGCGGCUGUGAGUGAAAAUGAGAUGCGUGUUGUUGACAUUUCUCUUGGCUUAUCUAAGGUUUGGGCGGUAAAGGAUGAUAAGGAACAGGCGCUUUUGCAGGUGUCUAGCAAAGGUUCAGACAAAUUCAUGAGUCUACUUUCAGAUGAACUUGUACGUGCUGUUGAUGAGGAAUUGAAAAUCACUAAUGCUAAGCUUUCCGAUAAUAUCGAAAACAAAAUUGAUGAUCCAAAACUGUUGAAAAAGCUCUCUGUUGAGCUAGCUGCGUUUUGUCCAAAAAACGAUAAAUUUGACGUAAAUUUUCUGGAUUGGGCGUAUUCUCCCAUCAUCCAGUCAGGGUCUAAAUAUGACCUGAAGGUUUCGGCACGUUCCAACAAUGAACAAUUGGAUGGUAACGGAUGUAUACUUGCGUCAUGUGGGAUUCGUUACAAGAACUACUGUUCAAAUAUUACAAGAACCUUCUUGAUAGAUCCAUCUGAUGAGAUGGCUGAUAACUAUGAUUUCCUUUUGUUACUUCAAGAAGAAAUUAUUAAGAACUUCUUGAAGGUUGGUUCAACUCCUAAGCAGGUUUAUGAGGCUGCUGUACAAUAUAUCAACAAUAAGAAACCUGAGUUACUAUCCUCUUUUACUAAGAAUGUGGGAUCCCUUAUUGGUCUAGAGUUUAGAGACUCUCAGUUUAUCCUAAACAGUAAAAACGACUACCGCAAAGCAGAGGCUGGUGAUUGCUUUAAUAUAUCUUUGGGUUUAAAUUCUUUAAAGGAUUCCAAAACAGGUGCAACAUAUGCAUUGCAGAUUGCUGAUACUGUGCAACUAACCUCUUCAGGUGAACCAAAACUGCUAACUUCGUAUACCAAAUCAAGAUCUCAAGUCUCUUUUUAUUUCAAUAACGAGGAAGAAACCACGUCUAGAGUUAAAGCAGAAAAAGCAAAAUCGCCUUCGAUCCCUAUGACUUCAGAUUCAAACUCUAAAAUUCUAAGGAGUAAACUGCGUGGUGAUGCCAGAGCAGAAGAUGAUGAAAAGGAACAAAUUCGUAAGGAAAAUCAGAGGAAAUUGCAUGAAAAGUUGCAAAAAGAAGGCUUAUUAAGGUUCAGUGAUGCAGAUGCGACUGAUGGUAACCAACAGCCAAUCGCCUACUUCAAAAAAUAUGAGUCGUACGUUAGGGAAUCACAAAUUCCAAACAAUGUGCGCGAUGUAAGAAUUCACGUGGAUUGGAAAAAUCAAACUAUUAUUCUACCAAUAUAUGGUAGACCCGUUCCAUUCCAUAUAAAUUCCUACAAAAAUGGAUCUAAAAAUGAGGAGGGUGAAUACACGUACAUUAGAUUAAACUUCCAUUCACCUGGUACUAGCGGUGUUAGCAAGAAAACGGAGGAACUACCAUAUGAGGAUAAUCCGGAUGCUCAAUUUGUCCGUUCAACAACUUUGAGAUCAAAGGAUGGUGAUCGUAUGGCUGAGAUCUUUAAACAAAUAACCGAACUGAAGAAAGAAUCUACUAAGAGGGACCAAGAACGUAAAGUUUUGGCUGAUGUGGUUGAACAAGCUAAGUUGGUUGAAAAUAGAUCUGGUAGAACUAAGAGGCUAGAUCAAAUAUUUGUUCGUCCUAGUCCAGAUAGCAAGCGAGUUCCAGGUACUGUUUUUAUACAUGAGAAUGGUAUAAGGUACCAGUCACCGCUGCGUACGGAUAGCAGGAUUGAUAUUUUAUUUUCUAAUAUAAAAAAUCUUUUCUUUCAACCAUGUAAAGGGGAACUGAUAGUUAUCAUCCACGUUCAUCUCAAGAACCCCAUUUUGCUUGGCAAAAAAAAGAUACAGGAUGUUCAAUUUUACCGUGAGGCAUCUGACAUGGCUGUUGACGAAACUGGAAACAGUAGACGUAAUCAAGCUAAAUUCAGAAGAUAUGGUGAUGAGGAUGAAUUGGAGCAAGAACAAGAAGAGAGAAGGAAACGUGCUGCAUUGGACAAAGAGUUCAGGUACUUCUCAGAAGCAAUUGCUGAAGCCUCGGAUGGGUUAUUUGAUGUUGAUACGCCAUUUAGGGAUUUAGGCUUCCAAGGUGUGCCUAGCAGGUCGGCAGUUUUCUGUAUGCCAACCAGAGAUUGUUUAAUUCAAUUGGUCGAACCUCCGUUCCUAAUCGUUAAUUUGAGUGAAGUCGAGAUAUGUAUAUUAGAAAGAGUCCAGUUUGGUUUGAAAAACUUUGAUAUGGUUUUUGUCUAUAAGGACUUUUCAAAAACUGUUACUCAUAUUAACACAAUUCCGAUCGAACAGCUCGAAUUUAUUAAAUCAUGGCUAACAGAUGUUGACAUACCUUACACUGUUUCUACCAUUAACUUGAAUUGGGCAACUAUAAUGAAGUCUUUGCAGGAUGACCCACACCAAUUCUUCCUUGAUGGCGGUUGGUCUUUUUUGGCAACCGGCUCCGAUGACGAGGCUUCUGAUGCAAGUGAAGAGGAGAUUAGUGAAUAUGAAGCGUCUGAUGAUGAUCCAUCUGAUGAAGACGUUGAAUCCGAAGAAGAUUACUCAGAAGGGGGUGCUGAAGAGUUUAGCGAUGAAGGCAGUGAGGACUUCAGUGGUGAUGACAGUGAAGGUGGUGAAGACUGGGAUGAACUGGAAAAAAAGGCAGCUAAAGCUGACCGUACCAGCAGACUUGCUGAUUAA